CAGCAGAGCGAACACGCCAAACUCGCCAGGACAGAGAAGGAGGAUCCCGUGCGCGUCCUGCGUUGCUAAAUCACAAGAAGGAUCUGUUGUUGUUCUCUGUGCACGUACGUCCUGGUUGGGCGGAGCGAGAGAGAGCAAAAGAAAGAAAUCAACUUAGUCUUUUGGCCCCGGUGGGGAGCAAGACACCAAGGCAGCCACGAUGAACAGGCGUAACACCCCUCGGGGGCAGAUGUCCAUGGGGAAGGGAGGACCGGCCAUCCAGAUGAUGGAGGGAGCCAUGCGAGCCAUGUUCGAACCCCCUCCGCCACUGGAGUUCAAGAAGAGCGUCUGCAAGCGAAAGCCUCCCACGGUGGAGGGGGUGGCGGCGAUGCUCAAGGGCAAGGGCGCGGCCAAUCUCUUCGAGAAGGGGGUGCCCCCGCCGCCCGAGAAGUUUGAAACCCCUAGGCAGAAGCACGCCCGGAUCGCCGCAGCGAAGAAGAAGACCGAUGAGGAAGGCCUAAAGGACAAAAUUUCCAAGUGGAAUCCGAAGGACGACCCUAAGACCAAGGGCGACGCGUACAAGACCCUUUUUAUCGCCAAGAUCAGCUACGACACCACCGAGAAGAAGCUGCGCAGGGAGUUCGAGCAGUUCGGCCGCAUCCAGUCGAUCCGCAUGGUGCAGGACGAGGACGGCAAGCCUAGGGGCUACGCCUUCGUGGAGUACGAGAACGAGGACGACAUGCGCGUGGCCUACAAGAGAGGAGACGGCCGCAAGAUCGACGGCCGCCGCGUCCUCGUGGACGUGGAGCGCGGCCGCACCGUGCGCAACUGGCUGCCACGUCGUUUCGGCGGCGGGCUCGGAGACUCCCGCAAGGAGCGCCCGAAGAAGGGCCAUGAGGCCGAGUGGCGCGAGCGCGAGCGCCUGGCGGCGGAGGCCAAGGAGGCCGAGAAGGAGGCUAAGCGCGAGAAGGAGCGGCAGGAGGAGAGGGCCCGCCGGGACCGGGAGAGGGAGGAGCGGGAAAAGAGCCGGCCCGCGGGCAAGGACGGGGACGGGGGGGACGGCAAGAGGUCCGACAGCCGGGAGCGUGGCAGACGGGGGGACAGCAGGGACCGGAGCCGGAGCCGGGAUGGAAGCAGGGACAGGCGCAGGCGCAGUAGGAGCCGCGACCGCCGCCGCUGAACGCACCGGAGAGAUGGCGUUCCGGUCCAAGAAAAUCCCGGGUUCUAGAAUUAAGCAGGCGGUUCAGCGCAGGGAUUUCCAUGCGCGCGAAAAGCGUGGUAUUUCGGCAAGGGAGGGUUGUGGCAAGUAUUACCCUCCGCGUGGUUUCUAUGCGGUGUUUGGUGGGGCUCGCUCUCUGCCAGUUCGCCAGGGUUGGCGCGUAUCGCUGUAGCGAGCGAGGAAAUGGUGGGCACGAGCACGCCGUUGCUGUUGUUGUCGUCGCAGUCUUUCCGUUGCCUCUCGUAACGGGUGGGUAUGUGCACGGCGGUGGCGUGGCCAAAGUAAUCGGCAGGGAUGGUGUUCCUGCUUCGACGCCGGCGGGUAACAGCAGUCUAUGCUGUUGCUGUCGCAUGCGAGGACACGCAUUCGGGCGAAAAAAUAGGAAUUUCUUUCUCACAAAAGUUUGCUUCGGAAGCUCUUGGGCGGUUUGUAGCGUAUGUUGGCGUUUUUGCGCACGUGGGUGUGACGCCAGGUCUAUUGCUUCUCACAAAACAAACUAAGGCGCUCAGG